CGGGACCGUAUAGAUUGGGGUCAUAUUUUAAAGCAGCAAUAUCUUUUAUUUUUAUUAGACUGAAUUCCGUUUAGUCUGCCGUAAGUGUAGUAGAGACAGCCAGCCAGUAGAUCUGUAGAUGUCCACCCCUACGGAGCAGGCGGGUGGUAUGUCCCAGUCCCACCCGGGUCCCUCUCCAUGCCCUGGCCGGUCCCCAGGACCAGGCCCCUCCCCUGGCUCCGGACCCCCCAGCCUACAGGGGCAGGGGGCUGGGGACUACCUUCAGGACACCAUGCACCCCAUGCACCAGCCAAUGGAGGGGGUUGAUGAGAAGGGGACGGGAGAUGAGACGAACUAUGGCCAGAUGAAGGGAGUUGGGAUGAGGGCGCUACACAGCGGAAUGGGUCCUCCACAGAGCCCCCUGGACCAACACAGCAACCAAGGCUACAUGCCCCCACACCCCUCACCCAUGGGUGUUCCAGAGCACGCGUCCAGCCCCCUGUCCAGGGGUGGCCCUACGCCCCCCAUGCCCCCUCAGAUGUCCCCCGUCCCGUCGGGCUCCAUGAUGCCCCAGAUGGACCCCCAGUCAGCCAUGGGGCCUCUUGGCCGCGGCUGCUCCUCCUUCAGCCCUGUCCAAUUACAGCAACUCCGGGCCCAGAUCCUGGCCUAUAAGAUCCUGGGGCGGGGCCAGCCGCUUCCUGAAAACCUCCAGCUGGCGGUCCAGGGCAAGAGGAGUCUGCCCACCAUGCAGCAACAACAACAGCAGCAGCAGCCGCAGCCGGGCACUGGCAGCCUCUACAGCAGGCCUCCUGGUAUGCCCAUGUCCUCUAUGUCUGUGCCUCAGUCAGGCCCUGGUCCCACCACCACCAUGCCAGGACAAAAUCAGACCCACGGGCCCAAACCCUGGCCUGAAGGUCAAGGUGGUGACGCUCCCAGCAACCCCCAGAAGCUGCUAGCUCCGCCCCCCAGUGGUAGACCCUCACCUGCCCCACCCCAGGCCCCUCCCCCUGGACCCAUGUCCGGCCCCUCUAUUACCCAUCAGCCCCAGGGACAGCAGCCGUCGCCCGUCAUCACACUGCAACAGAAACAGAACCGUGUCACGCCCAUCCAGAAACCACAGGGCCUGGACCCCACAGAGAUACUGCAGGAGAGAGAGUACAGGCUGCAGGCUCGUAUAGCCCACCGGAUCCAGGAGCUGGAGAGUCUUCCUGGAGCUCUGCCUCCGGACCUGAGGAGUAAAGCCACGGUGGAGCUCAAGGCUUUGAGACUUCUGAACUUCCAACGACAGCUGCGUCAGGACGUGGUCCAGUGUAUGCGUAGAGACACCACCCUGGAGACAGCCCUGAACUCCAAGGCUUACAAGAGGAGCAAGCGCCAGACGCUGAGGGAGGCUCGCAUGACAGAGAAACUGGAGAAACAGCAGAAGAUCGAACAGGAGAGGAAACGCAGACAGAAACACCAGGAGUAUCUGAACAGCAUCCUGCAGCAUGCCAAGGACUUUAAGGACUACCACCGCUCUAUCUCCGGCAAGAUGCAGAAGCUGAACAAGGCCAUCGCCACCUGGCAUACUAAUACAGAGAGAGAACAGAAGAAAGAGACAGAGAGGAUCGAGAAGGAGAGGAUGAGGAGACUCAUGGCGGAGGAUGAGGAGGGCUACAGGAAGCUGAUUGACCAGAAGAAGGACAAGCGUCUGGCGUACCUGCUGCAGCAGACUGACGAGUACGUAGCUAACCUAACUGACCUAGUCUACGAACACAAGGCAGCACAGGCCGCCAACAUGAAGAAGAAGAUGAAGAAGAAGAAGAGGAAGAAGAAGAAGAAGAAUAUGGAUGAGAGCGGGGAAGGGAUGAGUGGCAUCGGGCCUGACGGGGAGCCCAUGGAUGAGAGCAGUCAGAUGAGUGAGCUGCCAGUCAAAGUGAUUCAGACAGAAACAGGGAUGGUUCUGCAGGGACUCGACGCCCCCAAGUCCUCACAGUUGGAGGCCUGGUUAGAGAUGAACCCUGGAUAUGAAGUGGCUCCAAGGUCAGACAGUGAGGAGAGCGGCUCAGAGUUUGAGGAGGAGGAUGAAGAGGAGGUCCCUGGAGUGUCUAGCCGGCCAGACUCUCAGUCUGAAGAGAAGAAGAUCAUCGAUCCCAACAGUGACGAGUUCCCAGAGAUCGUAACCAAACACAUCAUCGAGUCUGCAAAGCAGGAUGUUGAUGAUGAGUACACGGUGCCAGAGACUGAACUGACCAUCUUCCAGCAGUCGUACUAUGGAGUGGCUCACGCCAUCAUUGAGAGGGUCGACAAACAGUCUUCGCUGCUCAUCAACGGCAUGCUCAAACACUACCAGGUGCAAGGUCUGGAGUGGAUGGUGUCUCUGUACAACAAUAAUCUGAAUGGUAUCCUGGCUGAUGAGAUGGGGCUGGGAAAGACCAUCCAGACCAUCGCCCUCAUUACAUACCUCAUGGAACACAAGAGACUCAACGGACCCUACCUCAUCAUCGUUCCACUAUCGACUCUGUCCAACUGGGUCUAUGAGCUGGAUAAAUGGUCUCCGUCCGUUGUGAAGAUUGCCUACAAGGGGACCCCUGCUAUGAGACGAGGCCUGGUGGCUCAGCUCCGCAGCGGGAAGUUCAACGUCCUUCUCACCACCUACGAGUACAUCAUUAAGGACAAACAGAUCCUGGCCAAGAUCCGUUGGAAGUACAUGAUAGUUGACGAGGGUCACCGUAUGAAGAACCACCACUGCAAGCUGACCCAGGUGUUGAACACCCACUAUGUGGCCCCACGGCGCCUCCUCUUGACGGGUACGCCACUGCAGAACAAGCUGCCGGAGCUCUGGGCCCUGCUCAACUUCCUGCUGCCUACCAUCUUCAAGUCCUGCAACACCUUCGAACAGUGGUUCAACGCCCCCUUCGCCAUGACCGGGGAGAGGGUGGACUUGAAUGAGGAAGAGACCAUCCUGAUUAUCCGCCGUCUCCACAAGGUGCUCCGCCCCUUCCUGCUGAGACGACUCAAGAAGGAGGUGGAGUCCCAGCUUCCAGAGAAGGUGGAGUAUGUCAUCAAGUGUGACAUGUCGGCCAUCCAGAGGGUUCUGUACCGCCACAUGCAGGGCAGAGGAAUCCUCCUCACUGACGGAUCUGAGAAAGACAAGAAGGGUAAAGGAGGAGCGAAGACCCUGAUGAACACCAUCAUGCAGCUGAAGAAGAUAUGCAACCACCCCUACAUGUUCCCACACAUUGAGGAGUCCUUUGCUGAGCACUUAGGCUUCCCGAACGGAGUUAUCAGCGGACACGAGCUGUACCGUGCAUCGGGGAAGUUUGAGCUGCUGGACCGGAUCCUACCCAAGCUACACGUCACCAACCACAGAGUUCUGCUGUUCUGUCAGAUGACAUCACUCAUGACCAUCAUGGAGGACUACUUCGCCUACCGCAAUUUCCUCUACUUGCGCCUGGACGGCACCACCAAGUCUGAGGACCGUGCAGCGCUGCUGAAGAAGUUCAAUGAGAAAGGUUCCCAGUACUUUGUGUUCCUACUGAGUACCAGAGCCGGGGGACUGGGCCUCAACCUGCAGGCUGCGGACACUGUGGUCAUCUUCGACUCUGACUGGAACCCUCACCAGGACCUCCAGGCCCAGGACAGGGCUCAUCGUAUUGGUCAGAAGAAUGAGGUGCGUGUUCUGCGUCUGUGUACGGUCAACAGUGUGGAGGAGAAGAUCCUAGCGGCUGCUAAGUACAAACUGAACGUGGACCAGAAGGUGAUUCAGGCUGGCAUGUUUGACCAGAAGUCGUCCAGCCACGAGAGGAGAGCCUUUCUACAGGCCAUACUGGAGACAGAGGAGCAGAAUGAGGUUGGUCACGGUGGCGUGGGGAUAAAGAUUAAAUGCAGUUCCUUGCAGGAGGAAGAGAAAAGUCAGGUGGCUAUGGAGGAAGAUGAGGUGCCUGAUGAUGAGACUCUGAACCAGAUGAUCGCCCGUAACGAGGAUGAGUUUGAGUUGUUCAUGAGUAUGGACCUGGACCGGCGGCGGGAGGACGCCAGGAACCCCAAAAGGAAGCCGCGUCUGAUGGAGGAGGAUGAGCUGCCAUCUUGGAUCGUCAAGGAUGACGCGGAGGUGGAGCGGCUCACCUGUGAGGAAGAGGAGGAGAAGAUCUUCGGCCGAGGAUCACGCAGGAGAGGCGACGUUGACUACAGUGAUGCCCUGACAGAGAAACAGUGGCUCAGGGCGGUAGAGGAUGGUAACCUGGAGGAGAUGGAGGAAGAGAUCCGUCUGAAGAAGUCGAGGAAGAAGAGGAGACGAGGGGACAAGGACGGAGGGAGGGAGGAGGGAGGAGAGAAGGCAAAGAAGAGGCGUGGACGUCCCCCUGCCGAGAAGCUGUCCCCCAACCCCCCCAAACUCACCAAACAGAUGAACGCCAUCAUCGACACCGUCAUCAACUACAGAGACGGGUGUAAUAGACAGCUGUCAGAGGUGUUUGUCCAGCUGCCGUCCAGGAAGGAGCUGCCAGAGUACUACGAGCUGAUCAGGAAACCUGUUGACUUCAAGAAAAUCAAGGAGCGCGUGCGGAGCCACAAGUUCAGGAGUGUGCCUGACCUGGAGAAGGAUGUGAUGCUGCUCUGUCACAACGCUCAGACCUUUAACCUCGAGGGGUCACAGAUCUAUGAGGACUCCAUCGUGCUCCAGUCGGUGUUUAAAAGUGCCAGACAGAGAAUCGUAAAGGAGGAGGAGAGUGAAGAGGACAGCGAUGAUGAUGACGAUGAUGAUGAUGAUGAUGAUGAAGAUGAAGAGUCAGAGGCAGAGUCUAAUUCAGUGAGGGUGAAGAUAAUGCUAGGUAAGAAGGAGUGUGGCGGUAGCAGCAACGGAGCCCGUCACCAUAACAAGGACAAAGGCAAGAAGAGACUGGGUCGCUCCAAGGCCAAACCCGUCGUCAGUGACGAUGACAGCGACGAAGACCAGGAUGACAACUUCAGGAGGAAAAGAAUCAGUCUGAGGAGAGCAGAAGUGAAGAUGAGUGAAGAACAGAAGGAAGAGGAGGAGGGUUGAUCCUUAGGACUUAACAAGAAUAUCCUUUCUUUCAUUUAUUUUCUACAGUAUGGCAUUUAUUCAAUAAUGUUUGGUUUUCUUUUUUUCCUCUCUUUCUACUGAAUGUGUGUUUUCUCUCAGAGCUGUCCCCACCAGCGUGAUGUCAUGUGACUAUGUUAGUACAGUACAGACAGGAUGACAGACAGCACAGGGGUUUCUAUGGCAACAUACUUUUUAGUUUACUUUAUUUUAAAGAUCAAACAUUGUGGAGAAUCUAUAUAUUAUGCGUGUUUGUAGAUUUUAUAUAUUUAUGCUUUAAUUCAAUGAGAUUACAAACAAAUUCUGAAUCAACUACAUUUGGUUACAAACAAAACAUAUGCUUGCAAAUGCUUAGUUUAUAUAAUUUCUUUUUAAAAAGUGUUUUUAGAAAGUGUUUAUAUCAUGGCAGUAUAGAGAGAGCUCAUCUUAUCUAAUGUUAUAUUCCCCAUUGCUCAGUCUCCUAUAGAGCUCCCCAGCUUGUAGUCCUAAAAACAGGACAUUAUUUACCUCUGGUUCGUUCAGCCAUUAUCUCAUAGAACAAAACGUAU